AUGACUGGUGACGAGGAUUGGGUGGAAGCAGCCAUGAGCGAUGACAUCAUGGUGGUGGAGCUGCUGCUGCGGCUCAAACAGUCUUACCGGCUUCCGUCGGCGGCUCUUAAACCGACGGGUUUGCCAUUCGAGUGGAGCGUGCGCCAACGCAGGUCUAAGCCCGUCGCAGUUGACUCCACCACGAAACAGGCUCUCAGAGAUAGUCCUACAACGCCACUGUCAUGGAGCGGUGCCACCUCUAUCAGCGGCGGCUGUGGUGGAAGUGCUGGCACAGUUGACGCUGGCCUUGAAGAGUCCAGUCGAUCUUCUGAUCCAAAACUCUCUAAACCCGCGAGAUCUGAGGUUAAUGGCGAUGGUGAAAAAUCCACGAAGAGGUCAAGAAAGAAGAAGACCUUGGCAGAACUUCAAGUAGAGGAGUACUUGCUUGAUAAGGAAAAAGGAGAAUUGAAAAGGGAAAUAGCGGCUUUACGCACAAAUUUGGAGAAACAGAAAGCUACAAAUGAUAGUUUGAAGAGAAUAAAGCUUGAGUCCGCUACUAAAACAAGAUCAACGAUCGAAUCUGAGAAAGCAAUUUGCUGUCAAUCCCAGCAAAAGUCAGAAGCUCAAUAUCAUAUCCCUGCAAUGUUCCCAACGUUUGUCUUAGGACCAAAUGGGCCUUCUGAAGAUAAGACAGUUGUUCCAUGUGAAGCCAAAUCAGAAUCAGUCCAAAACGAAAGACCCUCCAACAAUCCAGCCGCCACCUCCACCUCCACCUCCACCUCCAUCACCACCGCCUCCCGCUGCACCCUAGUCUCGCUAGUCUUCUUCGUGUGGGAUUAUUGUCGGAGAAGUGCACAGGAAUUCAUGGCAACAGAAGAUGAAUCGAAGCCUCUGAAUUAUAUACCAGAGGUGGUAUUGAAGAAGAGGAGGAAUAAUGAGGAAUGGGCAAUCAGAAGAAAGCUGCAGUUAGAAGAGAGGGUCAAGCGUCUCAAGUCUGAUAAUUUCUUCAUCAAGAAGCCUGAUCAAUUUAUCAGAGAAUACCGCGACAGAGAAUUGGACCUCAUUCAAAUGAAGCAAAGAGGAAAGCGAAAAAGACAAGCAUUGGAGACACAAGAAUCCAGGCUCCUAUUCAUCAUACGAAUCGGAGGAAAAAGGGAUAUGCACCCCAAAACUCGUAAGGUCCUGUACUCUUUGAGAUUGAGGAAAACCUUCAGCGGGGUGUUUGUGAAGGCAAAUGAAGCGAUAACGGAACAUUUGCAAAAAGUGGAACCUUACGUGACAUAUGGAUAUCCUAACCUCAAGAGUGUGAAGGAUUUGAUUUACAAGAAAGGAGUAGCAAAACUUGACGAGGGUAGGGUUCCUUUAACAGACAACAACGUAAUUGAACAGGCAUUGGGUCAUCAUGGCAUUAUGUGCAUAGAAGACAUCGUGAAUGAAAUAGCUACUGUCGGUCCACAUUUUAAGAAGGUUUCCAAUUUUUUGUGUCCCUUUAAUCUCAACAAACCUGAAAAGGCAUUGCAAGGUAAGAAACGACGAUUUAAAGAUGGUGGAGACUCAGGAAAUCGUGAGGAUCAGAUCAAUGAGCUGAUUAGUAAGAUGAAUUAG